UGCCCCCCUGAACCAAUUGGAAAGGGUUUUGUGUUUGUGGAGUGCUAGCGUGGAAAGUUGGGGUGCAGCUUUAGUACUCAAGCUCCAUAUAGGUUUCUAAGCGCUCACGUGAUGCGGCUAUGCUCGCGACAUGAGCUGCCUUACCUCCUGGAUGCUGUUCCAAUGCGCCAAUGAGUGUGAAGCAGCCGAGGAGCCGCCCUUUAAAUGGAGAUGCUGCAGGAUGAUCUCGGCAAAAAUGCCGUUGACUGAUAGGCUCAAGAAAGCUGUCCAGACUCUCAGCCCCCGAAGGCCUGACCCUUCUUCGCCCUACAGUUAUUGUGUUCUUCUCGUCACCCGCAGCCGUCCAGCAACCAAAUGGGAGCGCCCUGGACAACCAGGCCGUGGAGGAGACGAACCGAGAUGCAGGUUCCCAAAGUCCCCAAACCAAGAAACCUGGGUGACGGACAUCCCCCAGAACCACAGCCCCCGCACUGAUGAUGCCUUCCGAGCGUGGGGCCCAGUGGCCUUUCGAGGAGCACUGGUGAUGGCCUCUGAAAGUGUGGAGGUUGUGGAAGAAGUGCUCGAGGACUUUGCAGCUUUUCUGGAGCACAGGAUUCCCUUGAGCUCAGACUUGUCUUUUGGGGACUGCAGGAGGAACCCCCCAGAGCCACACAGGUCGCCUCCCCACUUCUCGCGGCUUCCGUUUCCAUUCCAAGAGGUCAGGGUGCCCAUCGACACUCUGGAGGCCCAUGCAGAGAAAGUGGUCACCGCAGUGCUCCAGAUGAUGAAACGGUCUUUUGAUCAGAUGAUGAGAUCUGCUGCCGUUCACCAAAGCCUGUUUUUCGAAAGCCACCUGAUUGAUCUGACUUUAGCGAAUUUCAGACCGUUUCAAGACCUUUGGGACAUGCUACGGGAGAUAGAGCCAAGCCCUCCUUCUGCUACAGGCAGCCCGAAGUUCAAAGAAAAGUUGUAGUCCUGGAUCCAGUGGACUACACAGGGCACGGCUCCUUCCUGACUAUGUGCAGUGCCCAACAGCUGGACUGAGAUCACAGCAGAUUUCCUGGAAGAUGCUUUCGGGAAGGUUGUAAUUGAAAUGCACUGUCUACAUAGUUAUAUGUCCCUGGCCACUGAAGAGUACUUGGCCCACUACGUA